CAGAUGUUGAAUUCUGAUUGAAACACGCAGGCCGGGUCACCCCUGGCAAAAGGGUCUUGUUUUAGCUUACUUGGCCGUCCCAAUCAUACAGUGCCCACAUGUGUCACCCAGGAGUCCCCCCAACCUUUCAAACCCAACCCCAAAUUAUUGAACUUUGGUGAAGGGCGAAGAGAGGAAGGGGGCCUAAAUGAUGAAUCCAAAAGGCAAAGCUGAGUGAGAUGAGAUGCAAUUAUUCAUGCCAUAGAUUUCAUCCUAAGCAAGUCCGAAAAAGAAUUCUCCCCCACAAAACCAGAAAAAGAGAAGGGAGAGAAAGAAAGCAUAAUAUAAACAUCAUUUGCUUAAAAAAAAUUCUAGGUGACCGAUUCCCACUCUCAUUGGGAUAGGCAUAAAGGAAAAGCCCCUUCUCUCUCCUUUUCUUUCCUUCUCUCUCUUUAGUCUCUUUUAUCCUUCUUCCACUUCUCCUCCUUUCUCUCUCCAUGAGACACCUAUAGAGGGGGGAGAGGGAGAGAUAGAAAGAGGAGCCAUGAAAAACACCAUAAGAUGCUGCAUCUCUUGCAUUCUACCAUGUGGAGUUCUCGACGUAAUUCGCAUAGUUCACACCAAUGGCCGCGUGGAAGAGAUCAGUGGGACAAUCCGAGCCAGCGAGAUCAUGAAGGCUUACCCCAAGCACGUCCUCAAGAAACCCUCUUCUUCCUCAGACGAUGGCUGCGUCCCAAAGAUUGUGAUAGUCCCUCCCGAUGCAGAGCUUCAACGUGGAAAAAUAUACUUCCUCAUGCCUGUACCUUCAAACCCAGAAAAAACUCGAUCAAGAUCAUCAACGAGAAAGAAAAGAAGAGAGCCGGAUAGCAACGCCAACAACGCUAUGGCCAUGACGAACCUAUUGAUAUCAGAUCAGUACUUGACUGAAAUACUCUCGGAGAAGAUUUCCACGCAAAGAGAUCGUAGGCGAGGUCGUGUUGGCGUGUGGAGACCUCACUUAGAGAGCAUUUGUGAGUCACCAAGUGAUGUCUAAUGGCGGAUUUUGGUUCUUCUUGUGAUUCAUAUUUUAAGGUUCAUCCAUUAGGAUUCCCAUUUGUUUCUUUCACUUCUUCUUUUUUUUUUUUAUCGUUCUUCUUCUGCUGCUGCUUCAACCUGUUUUGGCACUUUUGUUUAUCUGUAUAUAUAGGCAUAUAAAAGAAAAAUAAUGCAAUAUUCUAUCAGAGUUCGGAAAUUGUGGUUAGUAGUACGAGCAGUUUGGGUGGGAUUUCGGCAUCGAUAAGGCCAUAAUUAGGUCACCGUUACCGGAAUUCAGAUUGUGAUGUUAUGAAAGAGAGAUCAGAGGGAUGUCCAAAGCAUUGUGGGGUUUGUGUUUUGAUAUUGAAAGAGAGUUAUCAAAGGUAGAGACACUGUUUUUGAGAGAGACCCACUUCUACUGUUCACUAGUGUACAUUUUAUCACACAUAUCAGUAUAUGAAUAAAAAUUAACGGAUGGUGAUUGCGCUA